AUGAUGUCCGCUCGUGUCGCCCGCGCCGGCCUGCGUGCCACCGCCCAGCAGUUCGCCGUCCCUCGCACUGCCGCCCUGAACGGCCUCAGGACCUAUGCCACCCCGGCCCAGGAAGUCAAGCCUCCUGUGUCCCUGUUCGGUGUCGACGGUACCUACGCUACUGCUCUGUACACUGCCUCGACCAAGGCUGCCGCUCUCGACCAGACCGCCAAAGCCCUCACCACCCUCGGUGAGACCUUCAAGGCCGACCGCAAGUUGACCAGCAUCAUCUCCUCGCCCACCCUCACCGUCGGCGACAAGCAGCAGAUCGUCCAGGAGCUGCAGAAGCUCUCCGGCGACAAGGGCGACGUCGUCAAGAACUUCCUCGAGGCUCUGGCCGAGAACAACCGUCUCGGUCUGCUCGAGGGCAUCACCGAGAAGUUCGCUACCCUGAUGGGUGCUCACCGUGGUGAGAUCGAGCUGAACAUCACCAGUGCUCAGGAGCUCGACAACAAGACCCUCAACCGUCUCGAGAAGGCCGUUGCCAAGUCCGAGGUCAGCCAGGGCAAGAAGCUUAAGGUCGUCUCUAAGGUCAACCCCGACCUUGUCGGUGGCCUCGUCGUUGAGAUCGGUGACCGCACCAUCGACCUCAGCGUUUCGUCCAAGAUCGCCAAGCUGAACAAGGCCCUCACCGAUGCUUUGUAA